AUGGCGCAAACAAUCGACAGACUCCUCAAUCUCGUCGUCGACAAACCCGACCAAGUCCUCCAACACCUCCAAUCCCGACCCAAUCUAGCCUCACAACAAGACCGCCACGGCUACUCCCUCCUCCACGCCUCCGCCUCCUACAACCACCCGGAUGUCCUGCGCACCCUGCUUUCCACCUACUCAGUAAACCCAAAUCUCACCGACGAAGACGGCGAAACCUGUCUCUUCAGCGUCGAAACACCAGACAUGGCCAAAUUCCUCAUCGAGCAAUGCAACGUCGACCCAACCCUCCGCAACGAAGAAGGCCAAACGGCGGCAGAAAAGUUUGAGCAAGAGGGUGAUUUCCCAGAGGUGGCUGCGUAUUUGGCGAGCUUGGUGCCGGGAGGUGCUGCUGCGUCUAUACUGGCGCAGACGGGGAUGCCGAGCGCGCAACAAGCUGCUGAUGGCACGAGUCAAAGCACAAAUGGCAUUGGUGCUCCGCCGCCGCUGCCUCAUGGUGUCAAGAUUGAUUUGGGCACGAUGGGUGAGGAUGAGGUUGGUGAGGCACCAGACCCAGAGUUCAGGAGGAGGAUUGACGAGUUGGCUGCUCGACCUGAUUUCCAGAGUGAAGAGACACAGAGGGAGUUGAGAGAGUUGGUGCAAGAUGCAUUAGGUGGAUUGAGAGGAGAAGACAGGGACGUAAGACAGAGGACCUCGUGA